AUGGAUCCUGACAAUGGUUUAGCGUUGGAACGCAGAUAUGAUGGAAGCGCCUACGCGUGUGAUUCAACCAAUCAUGAAUCGGGCUUCGUUCUAGUUAUACCUCUGCUUUCGAAUAUGCUGAGAACACGAACGACCAAGACCAGCAGAGAUCAGUGUUCAUUCUUGGGCGUCAUUUUGAUUGAGGUGAUGGAUCCUGACAAUGGUUUAGCGUCGGAACGCGGGUAUGAUACAAGGAAUGGACAGGCUAAUCCAGUUGACGAUUAUCAACCUUUACAACUCCAAGAGCUGGGUACUGAAGAAGCUUCGAGCUAUUCUAUCUGUAAUGGUGGAGAUGGAAAUGCCCUCCCUCCAGGCGAACAGGUUGAACUGGUUGACAGGAUGGAGAGACCGGAACAUCAGCCUUUUCCCCUGCAGGAGUGUGGUAUCCAAGUCAAUGUGUUGAGUGUACCCAUUCAGGAGACGGAACUAUAUAGAUCGCAGGAGUCAGGUACUUGCCAAACACUUGAUCUGGGUUGUGCCUGGAAUCAUCCUUUGCAGGAGAUGGAGCAGCCAGCUUUAAGACGGCCCUGCGGAAAUUACGGCUUGCUUGCUGGUCACCAGCCUAGUGAUGAUGGCUCCGUAAAUAUAGUGAGUUCUUUGGGUAGGAUCCAACAGUAUAUUGAGCAUUGCUGUGGACGCCAAGAAAUACGAUUAUGGCAAGGACAACUUGAUAGGUCUGCUUCUCAAAAAGCCGCAAGGAACAAACAAAAUCCCCGAGAGACUUAUUUCAUAAUAAAAUAUACGGAAGUCGAGCGGUUUCGCCAGGCCGAUGAUAACGGAGUGGCACCAGCUGUUUUCGGUCCUGCUAUCGACUCCGAUAGCUUUGAAUAUAAGUUUGGGGUAAGGAUGUAUCCCAAUGGAGUUGGUGACGGAAGAGGCAGGUAUGUUGCCAUCUUUGUCCACAUGAUGGAGGGUGAGCACGAUGACUUCUUAUCUUGGCCCUACGCUGGAAGAAUCACUUUGUCGGUUUUGGAUAGAAAUGGACAAAGAGACAACGACAUCAGCCACACUUUGCAAGCUAAACCAACGUUAGCUGCUUUUCAAAGGCCUCGAGAAGCCAUUUGCCCUAUUGGAUAUGGCCUCAUUUACUUCGCUAGGAUAGAACUGCUCUUCGGUCCUCAAUUUGUCAAAAACGAUGAACUGUUUUUGAAAAUUGAGUUUUCAUCCAAAUGA